AUGACCGAUCCACUUAGCAUCGUAGCUGGUGUGGUCGGCAUCGUCGCCACUACUACUCACGCGAUACAUACAGCAGUCGAUCUGAUCGACAAGAUCGAGGCCGCACCAAAAGCAGUCUACCAGAUAAGAGCGGAGCUGAACGAUACCGAGUCCGUCGUUCUACAGCUGGAGAAGAUCUUGGACGGUAGCGCAAACGAUACAACCUGGACACAGUUGUUGGAUGGAUCCAAGCUGUCUAGCGCACUCAAAACGCUGAGAACUGUUUGUGAGAGCUUCGUGUCAACACUUCAAAAGUGGACGAGACACUCGCCAUCUAGCGACAAGCUCUCUCUUCGGGACGGCUUUCUGAUAGCUACGCAAAGCCGCAAGAUCUCACAACUGUCAACACAGCUCAACAAUUGCAAGCAGAGUGUAACAAUGGCCAUGAGUAGCUGUGCUUUACAGGGACAGGUUCAGCAUGCUCGUACCACUGAGCGUAUCGUCGAGCUGCUCACACAAGAAAAAGAGGCUACCAGACUUCUUGCUGCCCAAAGAGCUGUGAUCGAGGGCCUGCGCCCAGAAGAAGAACGACUCCAGAUUGUCAAGAGGCAGUCGGAAGACACCGGCGACAUCGAUGAAAUAGAAAGAGUUGAGGAAGGACUUCGCGAUAUCUCACGAGCCCGUAUGGUGGUCGGUCAAUUCGCGACUGUGAGCGAGUACGUCGUAAAGUCAUCAAGAGCGGUCCGGACCAAUCAAGAUAUAGGAAACGUCACCAUUGCAGAACUGGGCUAUGGCGCCGUCGGUAUAAGCAAUAUUGAUGAGGUCUUGGAUGUGAAGCAGAACAUUGGUGAUGUGAGUGUCGGCAAGAAGAGCACUGGAUUCGUCGGCAUCCACAACAACAUCGACCACAAUGCUGCUUUUGCUAAUCGCUGGGGUCCUGUAAGCGGUCCAUAG